GCUCUCUCUGAGUCACCCUGCUCCCCUGCCCCUCCCCACACGGCUCUGGCUCUGCUAGCACGUACAGACCGUAGGCACCAGCACCAGGGUAUUCACCUCCCAGUCUGCAAGCAGCAUGGCUCCCCCUUGCCCAAGCUGGCUUUCCGCCUCGUCCCCAGCCAGGGCCCCCAUCUCUCUGCUGUUGCUCCUCCUGCUUCUGGUCCCCUCCCACCCCUACCGCGUGCUGAGGAGAGAGAGGGAUUUAUCUGAAGAGGAGGGAGAUUCUGGGGCAGAGGAUAUACCCCAAGAGGAGAAGGCACCUGGAGAAGAGGAGCUUUCCAGUGAGGGAGAUAUACCUGGACAGGGUGAGCCAUCCAAGGAAGAGGAUCCACCCAGGGAGGAGGUCCCACCCAAAGAAGAGGAUCCGCCCAGACAGGAGGAUCCACCCAUGGCUGAAGAUUCUCCAGUCCCAGAGGAUAAUCUUGGUCCCCACAGGAACAUCCCAGAAAAGAAAGAUGGAGAUGACCAACACUGGCGCUACGGAGGCGGCCCCGUCUGGCCCCGGGUCUCUCGAGCCUGCGGGGGACACCUGCAGUCGCCAGUGGACAUCCGGCCGGACUCCACCUAUUUCAGGCCUGACCUGGUGCCUCCCCAGCUCCACGGCUUCUCGCUCUCCCCAGAGCGCUCUCUAAAGCUUCAGAACAACGGCCAUACAGUGCAGCUAACACUGCCCCCCGGGUUGUGGAUGACCCUGGGCCUGGGGACGGAGUACCGGGCCCUGCAGUUACAUUUCCACUGGGGGGCCCCCGGGGCGCCUGGCUCGGAGCACACGGUCAGCGGCCACCGGUUUCCCGCCGAGAUCCACGUGGUUCACCUCAACACGCGAUUUGACACGGUUGAAGAAGCCUUGGGGCAGCCUGGGGGCCUCGCCGUGCUGGCUGCCUUCCUUCAGGAGGGCCCAGAGCAGAAUGACGCCUAUGAACAGCUCCUGUCACAUCUUGGGGCAAUUGACGAGGAAGAUUCAGAGACCUGGAUCCCAGGCUUAGAUGUGUCUGCACUCCUACCUCACAAUCUCCAUCACUACUUCCGCUAUAAAGGGUCUCUGACUACACCCCCCUGCUCACAGGGGGUCAUCUGGACAGUGUUCAACCAAACGGUGCUUCUGAGUGCUGAGCAGCUCCAGAUUCUGUCUGGAUCCCUAUGGGGCCCUAUGGGCUCCCGGCUCCAGUGGAACUUCAGGGCAACACAGCCUCUGAACGGGCGAAUGAUUGAGGCUUCCUUCCCUACUACUACUACCAUUACCAGCAAUAUACCAUCACAUCCUAGGGACCCAACUGCUGAGCCAGUGCAUGGGAGCUCCUGCCUGAGUAUUGGCGACAUCUUGGCCCUGAUCUUUGGACUUCUGUUUGCUGUCACAAGUGUGGCCUUCCUCCUAUAUAUGAAGCAUCAGAAAAGGCCGAGGAGUGUCGCCAAGGACAAUCGCAUCUACUACCCUACAGAGCUGACGGAGAUAGCCACCUAGCCAGGGAGGCAGAUUGAGAAACUCAUCUCAGAGUCCCAAAGAACUGGGGAUGAGCUCUUUCCCAACCACUUCCCCUGCAUCCCUCUAUAUUUUUUUAAAUAAAUGUUUCUAAUAAAAUGUCCCAAA